UGCCCCUCAAUCGGUUUCCCAGGGACCUAUUACAAUAUGUUUUAAUUAUUGUUUUGUGUAUUGCAGGUCUACAUACCAAAUACUCCUCAGUAAUGAGCCAAGAUGCCACAGGAUUGUCAUACACCACAGGAAUGAGCCAAGACCCUGCAUAUGGCACAGGCACGACUCCACAUGCCACAGGAAUAACUCAAGACCCCCAGCAAGGACCUGGAUAUGGUACACCAUCUGAUAUAUUCACCCAGGACACAACAAUCUGCUCAUGUCAGCAGUGUGGUAGGGAAUUCCCCUCUAAAGCCUGCCUAGAGAGCCACACUCUAUUAAUCCACAACCAUUUUUGCUCUGUAUGUAAUGCUAGAGUAGAUGAGGAGUUAGAUGUCGAAAGUCAUGGAAUGAAACACAUUGGAUUGAAACCUGUGCACUGCGAGAAUUGUUUCAAGUUGUUCAAUGCCCCAUCAGGAUUGGUGAAUCAUUUAGCAAAGGAUUUGAAAUGUUUGUUAUGCCAAAAGACAUUCACAGUACGAAGCAAGGCAAAGCAUCUGAAGCUACAUCAAAUGUAAAGAAUAUAUGUGGCAAGUACACUGGACAUAAAAAGUGAACACUUGGUUGAGUCCAAAUUGACAAUGUAUAUACUUUUGAAAGAGAUAUUUUAUAUAAAUUACCAAGUGAUUUAUAUGUAGGAGGUGACUGUAUGUUGAGGCCAAACAUGAACAAUUGUCAUUAUUAAGAAGCAAGCAGUCCAGAACUUUUGUAGCCUUUGUGCAGCUUUUUAUAUA